UGUCAGACAGUUUUCACUCCCUUGUCAGUGCUCGUUGCAAAAGUUCGCAAGAUCGUUUUGCAAUUCUCCUGCUGUUGAAUUUCAAUUUUACCAAUUGAAAUAUGUGCAACUAGAUCCCUGAGAUAACGGAAAACAUUCCUUCGCAACAAUGGCACAAUUACUUCGUGGAAGAACUAGCAUCAACCCUCGAUUCAAGCAUAUCCAGCCGGUAUGUGCUUUGAGUCGCGUAAACUUCUCCGGGUUUACUUUCGGAGGCAACAAUAAUGGUCAGAAGAAUCGCUUCCAACAGCAGCAAGAAUUUCUCCGUCGACCAAACUUCGGAGGGUAUCAAUACUACCAAUCGUCUCGUGGCUAUGGAAUGCUUGUUGGCAGAGUUUUGCGAGGCCUGCUGAAGCUUCGCUAUGUGGUAUUGGGUGGUGCCAUCGGUGGGGGCGUCACACUAAACAAGCGCUACGAGGAGUGGAAAGAUGGCCUGCCUGAUAUGAAAUGGUUGGAUGAUGUGCUGCCGGAUAACGAAAAGUGGGCCCAAUUCAGUCGCAGUUUGAUUGCGAUGAAGGAUUCGGUGAAGGACUCAAUCGAGAUAGAUCCUCGAUUGAAGCAAUUGAGCGAGAAUAAGAUGAACGAGUGGCGCCAGUGGUUCGACCAACGGUUAGAUAACGCAAUCGAAGCGGCUGAGACCCAACAUAAUCCACAAAUAGAGAGUUCCUUCCAGAAUAUGUCUGAAUUCAUAUCUGAUCUGUAUGGAGCUACCAAAGAGGAAAUACGGAGCCAGAAUACCGUGAAUGCUAAGAGCCUUAGCCCGGAGGAGAAUCGCAAGCGGGUCGAAAUGCUCCAAUCCCAGGUGGAUACUCUGCAGACCGAGAUCAUGAACGUGCAGCUGAAGUAUCAGCGAGAGAUUGAAAAAUUGGAGAAGGAAAACCGUGAUUUGCGCCAGCAGUACUUGAUCCUGAAGACGAACCGCAAGCAGCCUACGAAGAAGCGCAUCAAAAAGUCGCUCAUCGAUAUGUACUCAGAGGUGUUGGAUGAACUGUCCGGCUAUGAUACCAGCUACACGACGGCUGACCAUUUGCCACGGGUCGUUGUCGUCGGGGAUCAGAGCAGUGGCAAAACGUCCGUCCUCGAGGCUAUCGCACAGGCACGAAUCUUUCCGCGAGGCAGUGGAGAGAUGAUGACGCGGGCACCGGUCAAGGUUACCCUGUCGGAAGGUCCCUACCACGUGGCGCAGUUUCGAGACUCGGAUCGGGAGUAUGAUCUCACGAAGGAAAGUGAUUUGGCCGAGCUGCGGCGGGAUGUGGAGAUCCGGAUGAGAAACUCUGUACGCGGAGGAAAAACCGUCAGCAUGGAUGUGAUAUCGAUGACGGUGAAGGGACCGGGACUGCAACGAAUGGUGCUGGUAGAUUUGCCGGGAAUCAUCUCGACCCAAACGGUCGAUAUGGCAGCCGAUACCAAAGAUUCUAUCAGACACAUGACGGAACACUUUAUGAGCAAUCCAAAUGCGAUCAUCCUUUGCAUUCAGGAUGGUUCUGUGGACGCUGAGCGCAGCAAUGUCACCGAUAUGGUUUCUCAGUGUGACCCGCUUGGAAAGCGCACCAUUUUUGUGCUGACGAAGGUGGAUAUGGCGGAAGAUCUUGCCGAUCCAAACAGAAUCAGAAAAAUUCUUUCGGGCAAGCUGUUCCCAAUGAAGGCACUGGGAUAUUUUGCGGUUGUGACUGGACGGGGCCGGAAAGACGACUCCAUCGAGACCAUCCGCGAAUACGAGGAGAAAUUCUUCAAAAACUCAAAACUGUUCCAAAGUGGCGUAACGAUGUCCCACCAAGUCACAACUCGUAACCUCAGUCUCGCCGUUGCGGAUCGCUUUUGGAAAAUGGUGCGAGAAACCAUCGAACAACAGGCGGAUGCCUUCAAAGCUACCCGUUUCAAUCUGGAAACCGAAUGGAAGAAUAAUUUCCCUAGAUUGCGAGAAUCGGGUCGAGAUGAGCUGUUUGAAAAAGCUAAAGGUGAAGUGCUAGAUGAAGUGGUUAAUCUAUCUCAGGUUUCCGCCAAAAAAUGGGAGGAGCUGCUCAACAACAAAUUGUGGGAAAAGUUGUCCAAUUAUGUUUUCGAAAACAUUUAUCUUCCGGCGGCUCAAUCAGGUUCGGAAAGUGAGUCAACACGAUAUUCCUUCAAUACAAUGGUUGAUAUUAAACUACGCCAGUGGGCCGAGCAGGCACUGCCUGCCAAAUCAGUGGAAGCUGGUUGGGAAGCUCUACAGAAAGAAUUCCAGCACCUGAUGGAAGUUGCCCGGAGAACACCUGACCACGAUGAUUUAUACGACAACCUGAAGAGUGCCGUCAUAGACGAAUCCAUCCGGCGACACUCGUGGGAGGACAAGGCGAUCGAUAUGCUUCGUGUGAUCCAGCUGAACACUUUGGAAGAUCGAAGCGUACACGACAAGCAAGAGUGGGAUCAGGCGGUACGAUUUUUCGAAAGCUCCGUUAGAGAGAAACUGCAACAAACGGAACAGACGAUAGGCGAAAUGUUUGGCCCUUCGAUGUCACAGAGGUGGUUCCAGUGGCGUUACUCGACGAUUGAGCAAAACAAACGAAAGCAAGUGAAAGGGGAACUUGAUAAGAUACUCUCUAGCGAUACGAAACAUUCUCCCACGCUAAGUUACGAUGAGCUGACAACAGUGAGGAAAAAUCUACAACGCAAUAAUGUUGAAGUCGAGACAGAUUACAUCCGGGAAACAUGGUAUCCUAUCUACAGAAGACACUUCUUGCAGCAAGCGCUACACAGAGCUUACGAUUGCCGCAAAGCAUACUUUUUGUACGCACAACAGGGAGCGGAAUGUCACGUGAAUUGCAGCGAUGUGGUGCUCUUCUGGCGCAUUCAACAGGUGAUUAAAGUAACUGCCAACGCCCUGCGACAGCAGGUCAUCAAUCGCGAGGCUCGUCGGCUGGACAAGGAGAUAAAGGAAGUCCUCGAUGAGUAUGGCGAGGAUGACGAAAAGAAACAACAACUUCUGACAGGCAAGCGUGUAACGCUAGCAGAGGAACUAAUUCGUGUGCGACACAUCCAAGAGAAAUUGGAAGAGUUCAUAAACGCACUUAAUCAGGAGAAGUAAAGCAAAAAACAGCAAAAUUAACGGUAAUGUUCUGCUAGAAACGGCCACGACGAUCGAUAUUGAAACUGAAUGUACCAAAUGUUAACAGUCACACUAUUCUUAUCAUACCAAUGAUUGUUGCGAUUUCUAGACGCCAUCGCAGCAGUAUUUGCGUACAGACUAUUUAUUCUAAACGAUGUGUCGAAGGUACGCGUGAAAUUGCUUUACGUUUUAAGUCCCCACCACCAUCUACUCAUCAAUUCAUUUGUUAUUGUUUAUUUGUUCCAUUUACUGUAUUUUGAACUUCUGUUAUUCGGAAACAGCUUAACCGGACAAGUUGAACUCGAUUCGGUAUUUAUUUGUCGAUACUUAAGUCAAUAUGUGAAUUGUGAGAUAUUAAGGUUGAACCAUUUUUUCGGUUGGAAUAAAUCAGUCAUGGAAUCGGAUCUCGAAA